UUACGUCAUAUUUACGCGACAGCAGGGUCACGUAACUGUGUUGCCGCGGACCUUGUAGCUGGGAUACAUUCAGGAAGACUCUAGGCCCUUCUAAAAUCGUAUAAAAAGAAACAUACACAACAAAACAUGUCCACCGCCAUGAAUUUUGGGUCGAAAAGUUUUAAACCUCGGGCUCCCGAUAAAGGCGCGUUCCCUCUGGAUCAUUUUGGCGAGUGUAAGGCCUUUAAGGAGACGUUCAUGAAAUGCUUGAGGGACAACAACUUUGACAACUCCCAGUGCCGCCUGCAGUCCAAAGACUACCUGGAAUGCCGCAUGGAGAAUCAGCUGAUGGCCCAGGAGCCUCUGACCAAACUGGGGUUCAAAGACCUGAUGGAGCCUCCUCCCAGCCAAGCAGACGGAGACGCUGAACCCUGACCUGCUGCUCCACCACCCACCGGGGUCGAAAGCAGAGAGGAAGCCCACCAUGCAAUGGCCGUUGUUGACGAGAUGGCCACCAAAGUGGUGUAAAAGCAGAUUAAGGCCAAAGACUUCUGUGAGUGGAGCUGAGACGAUGGGGGACUGAAGAUGUGGGCUUUUAAGAGCACAAAGUGCCCAAAGGACGCAUUGGCUUUGCUCUUUGUGUGUUACAGACAACCGAUUAAUUGUAUCGGUCCUUUUGCGUGUGUUUGUAUAUAAGAUAUAUAUAUGGAGAUGCUGUUUUGGAAUGUCAUUAAAUAUUUUGUAUUUGAGAUAAAGUAGGUGUGUAGAUGGACUCUUAUCAUUUGAUACGAUCAAAAUAGUGGCACCGGCUGGCAGAUUUGUUUCAUGAUGAUUCCCUGCUAACAAGCAGGGAUACAAGUGGGUUAUUUUAUGACUCUGCUAUAGAUAUACGUGGAAUUCCAAAUCCAAUAACAAUGCCAUGUUUUCAUCAUUUUUAGAAUUUGGGAUUUUGAUCUUGAAAGUAUCCAAUAAAGUGUAAUGCAGAGUGAG